AUGGACCUCCAAUGUAUGAUCAAGGUGGACAGCGCAAUCAAGGACACUGCAACCAUUGUUGUAGGCCUCAUUGAGUUGGCGAUGAAGGCUAAAUCCACUGACUUUGAACCCAAUGCUCCUUUUGAUGUCAAUGACCAGGAGGAGAUGGGGGGAGUUGAUGGUGAGGAUGAGGACGAGGACGAGGAUGAGGAAGAGGACGAGGACGAGGAAGAGGAAGAGGACGAGGAAGAGGAAGAGGAAGAGGAAGAGGAAGAGGAAGAGGAAGAGGAAGAGGAAGAGGAAGAGGAAGAGGAAGAGGAAGAGGAAGAGGAAGAGGAAGAGGAAGAGGAAGAGGAAGAGGAAGAGGAAGAGGAAGAGGAAGAGGAAGAGGAAGAGGAAGAGGAAGAGGAAGAGGAAGAGGAAGAGGAAGAGGAAGAGGAAGAGGAAGAGGAAGAGGAAGAGGAAGAUGAGCAGGAGGAGGUGACAGGAGAUCCAGAUCUGGAGAUGCAGGAGGUGGAGAAGGACGACGAGCAGGAACAGGAGGCAGGCAAAUCCAAAGGGAAGAAAAGGGUGAGAAACCAGACUUCCUCAGUGAAGAUUAAGAAGGCCAGGAUUGAAGAUGAACCAGUUCGUCGGUCUACCAGAUCUAGGCAACCCUCUAGGAAGAAUAUUCUGUAG